GGUGCGCGGAGUGCGGUUCCGGGUCGUGGCGCGGCUCGGGGCAACAGGGCUGCUGCUCAGCUGGCGAGCGGCGGCGAGCGUCUGGGGCAUGAAGGGGAGCCCGGAAAGCGGCUGCUGAGCCGGCCGGGAGGAGCACCAGUCCCCGAGGAUUCCGAGAGUGCGGAGCUCGGGCAGGGGCCGGGAGGCGCGGGGGAGCCGAGCCCUCCCCUCAGGAACGAGUCCCAGGGCCGACCCGGCCCGUAGUGUGGCAGCAGCUUCAGGUAGGUGAGCCCGUGAAACAAUAUGAAGAGAAGAAAAUAGCCUUUUAAGGAAAUUGGCCCACAGAAAGGAUGGCCUUCUUGGACAAUCCAACUAUCAUUCUAGCUCAUAUUCGACAGUCACAUGUGACCAGUGAUGACACAGGAAUGUGUGAGAUGGUUCUCAUUGAUCAUGAUGUUGACCUAGAGAAGAUUCAUCCUCCUUCAAUGCCUGGAGACAGUGGGUCAGAAAUUCAGGGAAGCAAUGGUGAGACUCAGGGCUAUGUAUAUGCCCAGUCAGUCGAUAUUACCUCAAGUUGGGACUUUGGUAUUAGAAGACGCUCAAACACAGCUCAAAGAUUAGAACGACUCCGAAAAGAGAGACAAAACCAGAUCAAAUGCAAAAAUAUUCAGUGGAAAGAAAGAAAUUCUAAGCAAUCAGCCCAGGAGUUAAAGUCACUAUUUGAAAAAAAGUCGCUCAAAGAGAAACCUCCACAUUCUGGAAAGCAGUCAAUAUUAUCUGUACGCCUGGAGCAGUGUCCUCUGCAGCUGAAUAACCCCUUUAACGAGUACUCCAAAUUUGAUGGCAAGGGUCAUGUAGGCACAACAGCAACCAAGAAGAUCGAUGUCUACCUCCCCCUGCACUCAAGCCAGGACAGACUGCUGCCAAUGACUGUGGUGACAAUGGCCAGCGCCAGGGUACAGGAUCUGAUCGGGCUCAUCUGUUGGCAGUACACAAGCGAAGGACGGGAGCCGAAGCUCAAUGACAAUGUCAGUGCCUACUGCCUGCAUAUUGCCGAGGAUGAUGGGGAGGUUGACACAGAUUUCCCCCCACUGGAUUCCAACGAGCCCAUUCAUAAGUUUGGCUUCAGUACUUUGGCCUUGGUUGAAAAGUAUUCAUCUCCUGGUCUGACAUCCAAAGAGUCGCUCUUUGUUCGAAUGUCCUACUCAUCCAUCGCCCAGCAUAUUGUCACAGAUGGAGCGCAUACUGACUUCCGAGGAGAAAGCAGGGGAAGAAAUGCUGCUCAUGGAUUCUCCCUUAUUCAGGUGGACAACACAAAGGUCACCAUGAAAGAAAUCUUGCUAAAGGCAGUGAAGCGAAGAAAAGGAUCCCAGAAAAUUUCAGGCCCUCAGUACCGCCUGGAGAAGCAGAGCGAGCCCAAUGUCGCUGUGGACCUGGAGAGCACUUUGGAAAGCCAGAGCGCCUGGGAGUUCUGUCUGGUCCGCGAGAACAGUUCAAGGGCAGACGGGGUUUUCGAGGAGGAUUCGCAGAUUGACAUAGCGACAGUGCAGGAUAUGCUGAGCAGCCACCAUUACAAGUCAUUCAAAGUCAGCAUGAUUCACAGGCUCCGAUUCACAACUGAUGUACAGUUAGGUAUCUCUGGAGACAAAGUAGAGAUAGACCCAGUUACGAAUCAGAAAGCCAGCACUAAGUUUUGGAUUAAGCAGAAACCCAUCUCAAUCGAUUCUGACCUGCUCUGUGCCUGUGACCUUGCUGAAGAAAAAAGCCCCAGUCACGCGAUAUUUAAACUCACGUAUCUAAGCAAUCACGACUAUAAACACCUCUACUUUGAAUCUGACGCUGCUACCGUCAAUGAAAUCGUGCUCAAGGUUAACUACAUCCUGGAAUCACGAGCAAGCACUGCCCGGGCUGACUAUUUUGCUCAGAAACAAAGAAAACUGAACAGACGUACAAGCUUCAGCUUCCAGAAGGAAAAGAAAUCAGGGCAACAAUGACACCGGCCUCCUGCUUCAAUCUGUUGCCAUAGCUCAGAGCCUGCCUGCCAGGGCCAGGUGACCCUAGAGCCCACCCUGUGUCCUGCAGUCCUCGGGGAGGCCAGCCCCUGCCUCACGAGGACAGGGCUGCUGGGCUCUUGGGGAAGGGGGGGCACCCCCUAGAACAGAGCUGGGGACGUUGCCACGGGACCGAACCCCGAGUGGUAAUGGCUUUGAUUAGCAGUGCCCGGGGCCGGACGACACCGAGAGGAGCCACAAGCUGCCCAGCCACCUUCACUGCCUGACGGCCCCGCCCGAAGAUGUACAUAGCCAUGCCCAGACAUGUCCUUGCAACUUGAUCAAAUUUCUUAAACGAAGAACAAAAAUGUACGGUUCUUUUUUUUUUCUUCCUUUUAAUAAACUCUUUAUCAUGGUU